AUGUACUGCAACUAUGAGCAGAAUGACUGGGCCGACCGGCUGGACACUGCAGCCUUUGUAUACAACAACACUGUCCACAACAGCAUUGGUGUCUCACCAUUCUUUGCAUGCUAUGGAUGGAACCCUAAGGCUCAUCCUGAUAUCCCUCAACAACUAGGAGUCAAUGAUCCAGGUCGCUUCGAGUACCUCAUGGAUGGAAAGGAGUGUUGCAAGUACCUCCAGGAGCAGAUCAGAGAGGCACAACAAAGAUCAGUAGACCAGUAUAACAGGAAGCACAAGGACAUUGAGUUCAAGGUGGGUGAUAUGGUCUAUAUCAACUGUCAAAACUGGAAGACAAGGAGACCCACACCCAAGUUAGAUACCCAGUUUGCAGGACCCUACCCAGUUCUGGAAAGAGUAGGACGCCAAGCUUAUUGGAUCACAUUGCCAGCAAACCUUAGGGUGCAUGAUGUGUUCCAUGUCUCCAUGCUCAAGCCAGCAAGAACAAGUUCUCUUCCUCAAUGUGCUGAACAGCCCACCAUACCAUCACUUCCAGAUGAGGACCUCAAUUUCGAAGUCAAAGCACUCAUUGACAAGUGUUCACACAAUGGGAUGACAGAGUACAAAGUGUUGUGGAGAGGGUACUCAGAAGAAGCUGCUUCAUGGGAACUGUCAUGGGCCUGGAUGCUCAAGAAGCAGGAGGGUCACUGGUUCAUAUGGAAGGAGCACAGGUAUCGAAGAUCUAGUCGAUACCAGUAG